CAACCAUGACUUCUGACAGUGUUCAAAACAUCAAAAGACUACCUCACGCUGACUCUUGACAGUUUCACCAUGACCAAAGAUUCCUCUCACACCUACAUUCACCUUCAUCGCAGUCACCACGCCGAUCUGCUGGAGGACUUCAACCGGACUCACCUGCCUCAUGAAGAAAUCUAUGUGCCGCCUCAACAUCAACCUCUCAAUCCUGACGAUGAAGACGAUGUCGUUCCUGAACAGCAUGCCGCUUUCGGCAUCCAAAGGGCGACUCAACGCCAGCAAGAACCUGCUUGGCGCGAUCUUGGUCUUGACAGAAUCUUGAACGAAGGUCCACCGAAGACACAGCGUCAGAGUGAGCAGCUGUCGAAAGUCCGUCUUCUACGAUGAGAGCCUGGUUUAGGUUCUUUGACCGAGACGUUUCACCAUCUCAGCUCACGCAGCAUAUUGACAGACGAGAUGAUAAUGAAUUAUGAAAGCCAACUUCUACUUGCUAUAUACAAACCUGUACCCUCUGUUCUAUGCUGUGGAUCUGUAGCAAUCGGGCUUUGCUAGUCUCUUUAUGACGUGUUGCUUCCUUUUCGCCUGGUAGAUGCUUCUGGCCGAAGCUCAGUGUAACGAUGCUUAAGGUACCUAUUUCAAGAAGCUGCCUUACUCUCC